AUGGAUGGAAUAUCAGAUGAAAGAAGCGAAGAUAACAGAGUAAACAGCCUUAUAGAGCAGGUGAUAUGCCUGGAAGAAGAGCUGCAGCAGACGAGAGAGGAAAAUAGAAUAUUAAAAGAAAACAUUUUAAACUCCAACAGAUCUCUUUCAACUGAAAUAAUAGGCGUGCUCAGCGAGAGAAUAGACAUGCUAAGACGGGAGAUCCGCAGCAAUCCGAGAAUGGAAAGAGAAGUGCUGCAAGAUGAGAGCAUAGCAGAUCUGAAGAGAAUAACCCAGGAGUUCAAAGGGGUGCUGUAUGCAGUAGAACAAGAGAUAGGCGGGCUGCUGAAUCUGUGCUACUCACAGCAGAAUGAUCUCCAGGAGAGAGACAAACAGGUGCAGCUGUAUGCCCAAAUAAACAGCAAAUUAUUGCUCAUAAAAAAUGAAUAUGUAAAGCUAAAACAGAUGUGA